AUGACACCUGGUAGUGGGGGCAGUAGCAGUAGUAGUGCUGGUGGUGGCGGCGGUGGAGGUGGUGGUAGUAGUGGAGGUACCUCAACUAUUCGUACCACAACAACAACGAAAAAACCUGCCAACCGUAUUUUUGAUUACGUUGACUACGAUGAAGGACGUAAAUAUCCCGAAAAUCAUGAUUACUAUUUGGAAAAUGAUCAAUAUAAUGUCUAUCCAAAUGAAGUAAACAUCACUCACUCCUAUGCAGAAAAUUACAAUAUGUCUCAUGAAUAUGAUCAAACAUCGAACUAUGAGCAAAACUCAGCUGAGUAUGAUCAUGAUAAUGAAGAAAAAAGUCAAUCUGAAGUACCAGAAGUUAGCAAUGAUUUAGAACAACAACAAACUGAAAGUACAUCGGAUGCAGAAAGCUCUUAUGAGCACAGUGACUAUAAUAGUAAUGAAGAUUUUAAUGAAAAUGAUCAAACAGCAGCGGCUCGUUUUAAUAAGGCUGUUCAAGAUACAAAACGUUCAAAAGGUCAUCAUAAAUAA